AUUCCACAAAAAUUUAGUAACCGCGCAGCAUCAGCAAGGCAAUAAGGCAUCAGCCAAUCAGUUUGUGGAUGUUUUGACGAGAGUCUCACGUUGGUAAAAAAAUGUUGAAUGAUGAUAAAGAUUCAAAGAAACCCAAGCAAAAUAGUGCUCGACCUUCUCGUAUGAUAUUUGAGAAAAAGAAUGAACGGUUGAAGGAUCAGACAAGAUGUGCCGGGGUCAGAGCGGAUUUGAAGAUUUGCCUGUUGGAGAGUGAUUGCUGCAGAAUAUAUAAAAAAACACCGAAAGAGUGCAUCAGGAUGACGGAUGGGUCUGUUCCGGAGGAUUGUCAAGCCCUAAAAUACGUUCUCUAUGAGUGCAAAAGAUCGUUGGUCGAUGGCAGAAAGAGAUUUCGUGGGCCUGUAGGUUACUAGGAA